AUGGAUAUUUCCAAGAUGGACAGAUAUGCGGCUCCGGUUCACUUCUCCAGCCUUCCACUCCUCGCCACUGUUCUCUGUGGAGUUGGUCUUCUUCUUCUCGCCGCAUUCACCAUGCUCCAGGUUACUUCCACGAAAUACAACCGAAACGUUUUCAAGGAGUUGUUCAUUGCCGCUACUUCUUCCAUCUUCCUCGGCUUCGGAUCUGUAUUCCUUCUUCUUUGGGUCGGAAUCUACGUCUGA